AUGGGCGGUUUUCACUUUUGUGGUGGCACCAUUGUGAGCAGCAGCUACGUUCUCACUGCGGCCCAUUGUGUCGCCGAGACCAAGGAUGGAAUAAAAAUUGUUGCUGGCGUAACGGACCUGACGAAAUUAAACAAACCGCAUAACGUUUAUGAAAUAAUUAUCCACCCUCAGUACGAAGCUUUCAAAAUUGGUCCAAUGUGGGUCAACGAUAUCGCGCUAUUGAGAGUCGCACCUUUUUCUUACUCCAAAACUGUCUCUAAAGUUACUUUACCUGAACGAGGCUCCGAAAUACAUGAGAACGCGAUUGGCACCGUUUCUGGCUGGGGGCGCCUUACGAAUGGCAGGUUCUCGAAGUUACUCCAGCGUGUUAACAUCAUGGUCACAUCUCAACAAUAUUGCGAGAAAAUAUACUCCGAGGCAGCUAUGACCGUUUACCCAACUCAAUACUGUGCUCACAAUCCUGAUGAGAAUAGUGGACCUUGUACUGGUGACGAGGGUGGUCCAAUGACGAUCGACGGAGUAAUGGAGGGUAUAAUUUCCAAUAUUUUCAACUGUGGUAGUGUGACUUAUCCAAAUAUUCAUACAAGAGUAGCAGAUUACGUUGACUGGAUAUACUCGCACAUAGGAUAA